AUGAGAUAUGUGGGAAUUAAAAUUUUCAAGUCGGCACCGGACUUGGCCAAGACGAUAAGGAACGAAAUAAAGAUACUCAAGACGGUGCGCGAGACCGAUCCAUCGAAUCCACGCCGUCGCAAAACCGUCCAGAUGCUGGACGACUUCAAGAUCACCGGCCUUAAUGGCACCCAUAUUUGUAUUGUGUUCGAGAUGCUGGGUGACAAUCUCCUGAAACUCAUACGGAAGUCCCCAUUACGCGGUAUUCCACUGGCCAACGUCAAAGCUAUUACCCGCCAGGUGCUGAAGGGUCUUGACUAUCUUCACACGUGCUGCCAGACCAUCCACACGGACAUAAAGCCCGAGAAUGUCUUCCUGUGCGUGGACGAGCCUCAUGUGCGCUCAAGCUCCGUGGAGAAUACAUCUUCGGCUACGAAUGGACCGCAUUCGAAUCUAACCCUGCCAACACUUCCUCCUCUACACUAA